AUGCAAGCCCCCAGCCGCCAGUGUCGCCGAGCCAAUCUCCCCGGCCCCAACGCCCGUGAGGCCGCCUCCAUGUACGGCACGGCAGUGGCCAUCUUCCUGGUCAUCCUGGUGGCUGCAUUGCAGGGCUCGGCUCCCCCAGAGAGCCCCUUCCCCUACCACAUCCCCCUGGACCCCGAGGGGGUCCUGGAGCUCUCGUGGAAUGUCAGCUAUGUCCGGAAGGACGUGCAUUUCCAGCUCCUGGUGCAUGGGCUCCAGGCCGGGGUCCUGUUCGGGAUGUCAGACCGCGGGGAGCUGCAGGGGGCCGACCUCGUGGUGCUCUGGACGGACGGGGGCAGUGCCUACUUUGCCGACGCCUGGAGCGACCAGAAAGGACAGAUACACCUAGAUGCCCAGCAGGACUACCAGCUGCUGCAGGCACAGGGGACACCAGACGGCCUGUCCCUGCUGUUCAAGAGGUCCUUUGCCACCUGCGACCCCCAGGAUUACCUUAUUGAGGAUGGCACCGUGCACCUGGUGUACGGCAUCCUGGAGGAGCCCUUCCGGUCUCUGGAGGCCAUCAACACCUCGGGCCUGCAGACGGGGCUGCAGCGGGUGCAGCUCCUGAAGGCCGAGGUCCGCACCCCGGCAAUGCCCCCGGACACACACACCAUGGAGAUCCGCGCGCCUGACGUCCUGAUCCCUGGCCAGGAGACCACGUACUGGUGCUACAUCACCGAGCUGCCCCCCGGCUUCUCCCGGCACCACAUCAUCAUGUACGAGGCCGUCAUCACCGAGGGCAACGAGGCCCUGGUACACCACAUGGAGGUCUUCCAGUGUGCGGCCGAGUUCGAGACCUUCCCCCUCUUCAGUGGCCCGUGCGAUUCCAAGAUGAAGCCGGAGCGCCUCAACUACUGUCGCCACGUGCUGGCCGCCUGGGCCCUGGGCGCCAAGGCGUUUUACUACCCAGAGGAAGCUGGUGUCGCUUUUGGGGGACCUGGGUCCUCCAGAUACCUCCGCCUAGAAGUUCACUACCACAACCCGCUGAAGAUCCAAGGCCGCCGGGACUCCUCCGGCAUCCGCCUGCACUACACAGCCACGCUCCGGCGUUUCAACGCGGGGAUCAUGGAGCUGGGCCUGGUGUACACGCCGGUGAUGGCCAUCCCCCCACACGAGACUGCCUUCAUGCUGACCGGCUACUGCACGGACAAGUGCACCCAGCUGGCCCUGCCACCCUCCGGAAUCCGAAUCUUUGCCUCCCAGCUCCACACACACCUGACGGGGAGGAAGGUGGUCACUGUGCUGGCCCGGGAUGGCCAAGAGAGGGAGAUCGUGAACAGGGACAAUCAUUACAGCCCUCACUUCCAGGAGAUCCGCAUGCUGAAGAAGAUGGUAUCUGUGUACCCGGGCGAUGUGCUGGUCACCUCUUGCACUUACAACACGGAGGACAGGAAGCUGGCCACCGUGGGCGGCUUCGGGAUCCUGGAGGAGAUGUGUGUCAACUACAUACACUACUACCCCCAGACGGAGCUGGAGCUCUGCAAGAGCGCCGUGGACGCUGGCUUCCUGCAGAAAUACUUCCACUUGGUGAACAGGUUCGACAGUGAAGGUGUCUGCACCUGCCCUCAGGCCUCUGUCCCCCAGCAGUUUGCCUCUGUGCCCUGGAACUCCUUUAACCGGGAUGUGCUCAAGGCCCUGUACGACUUUGCCCCUAUCUCUAUGCAUUGCAACAAGUCCUCCGCCAUCCGCUUCCAGGGUGAAUGGGAUCUGCAGCCCCUGCCCAAGAUCCUCUCAACACUGGAAGAGCCCACCCCACAGUGCUCUGCCAGCCAGGCCCAGAGCCCCAGCGGCCCCACCAGGGUCAGCAUUGGCCGGGGCAGAGGUUAG